CAUCUGCCAGAAGAUGGCAGCAUCGGACGCCCGCAGAAUGAACUAAAUAACCAGCUCCUGUUGGGAGAUGGGUAUAUUUAUUUAUAUAUGUGUUUGCGGCGAGAAGAAGCAGAAAAAAAAAUCCCCAGAUAAUAGCGUAAACAAGCAGGCUGGAAGAGUGCGGGAUACAGACGGAAGUUUGACCGGAUUUAGCCGCGGGUAGAGAAGAGGAAACGCCGCGACGCUGAUCCAGGGCGUUGAUGUUAGGACAGACGGCCAACCGAGAGGCACCAUCCAGCAGUGAACUGAUGCAUUUCUGGAGUGGCGAAAGCUAACAGCUAGUCUAGAGAGGAGGACGACUGGUGGAAGGGAUUCAAGCGAAGAGGAAGGCAGCUGGAGUUGGCCUCAGCGCCACAUUUAUGAACAUUUCAGCUUCCCUUUGUUCUUCUGGCCACCCAGGAGAGAUUAAAUACACACCCCGUCCACAGUGGAUCACUGGAGCACCUCUUAACUCUGCCCCUCAUCCCCCCGCCCUCCCAUGGGCUGUAUGGCAGAGUAAAUUUUCCAAAGUAAUUUCCUUAUCUCUGCUCGGAGGAAGUGUUCCGAUAAACUCAGAGCAGUUCAUGUUUUCCCAAGGGGGCUGAAACGAAGGGAACCUGCCUGGAACGGGUUCUCUCUGCAACUUUAGAAACUUUAAGGGUAAACUCUGGGCGCGUCGCACGGGAUGGGGAACAAAAACGCCGUUCCACCCAGAGGUUCUGGAGGCGGGGUCACUGGGAAAGAAGACGCAGCAUUGGUCAGCAGCGCUAUAGGAAGCAUUGCCACAGAUGAAGUUCAGAGCCCCAGUCUGGAGCUGCUGGCCUCCCUGCAGGCCCUGGGAGAAAAUGACGACUACACUCUGCUGCCGCAGUCCCUGCACCAGAUUGCAGAGACCUGCUCACUGAGGCAGGACUACCAGUGGGCCAUUCAGUUCCUACAGUUGGAGAAGCUCUACCAUGAACGUCUGCUCUCUAAUCUCACAACCCUGCAGGAGAAAUGGGAGAGUGAGUUUAAUGAGAAGGAGGACGGUGAGAGCUGGGUGCCUCGGGAAGAAGACAGCGUCAGCCAGAAACACAUUGAGAAGCUGAGCCACAUCUGCAGGACACACCACAGACCGUCCUUCAGCACGGACCAGAAAAACCUGAACGCAGCGUUUAUAGACACUCAGAUCGGGACGGAAGCUCUGCAGUCUCGUCAUAGUAAAGCCAACAAGCCUGAGAACACCCAGAGCAUGAUGUCCCAGUCAGACCUCUCCUCACUACAGAGGGAGGAAGAGGAAGAGCGGCAGGACGAAGGGGAAGAGGCGCUCGAGGAAGGGCAGGAAGUGGAAGCAGAGGAGCAGGAAGUGGAAGCAGAGGAGCAUGUGACACAUGGCGAGGACACACCGGAGGAAGAGGAGGUGAAGGUGGAGUGGCCAGCAGGAGUAGCGCAGGCGUCGGACAAAGACCUGGCCAAACUCUCCAUCGCUGAGGGCAGCUCGUCCCCGGACGGCCUGGUGUCCAUCCUGAAGAGGAGGCGAGCCUCGCUGGACGGACUUCCUCCCCCGAGCGCUGCCACCACCACUGACAAACAGACGUCCAAACGCAAAGUUCGCUUCAGCGAACCAGAGGACGGUGUAGACCAAGAUGAUGUCGGAGGAGACUCCUGUCUCAUCCUGCUGCUGCUGUGUCUGGUCACCGUGGUGAUCAGCAUAGGCGGGACUGCGUUCUACUGCACUCUGGUGGACACUUACUCCAACAUCUGCACCGACUUCGCUCAGAACGUCGACUUCUACGUCACGAACGCGCGGGGUUUCCUGGAAGGACUCGGACAGUGGCUCCCCCUGCAAACUUAGGGCCAGCCAGGAUUCAAGGCUCUCUGGAUGUGAUGGAAGAGACUUCUGGUUGCCGGCGGCGACGGAAAAACCUGACGGGAUCUCCGGAAACAGCGACAACCCCCGCUGCUGUUGUUUUGCAGAUACUGAAUCUCACUGUUUACUGGACAUGUAU